AUGGAGGCGGCCGCCCUGCUGAGCAACGCCUCGGAGGCGGCGCGGGGCAACGGGAGCGCGUCGGGCGUCGGGGCGGCGCGGGGCUGGCCCGGGGCGGCGCUGGCGGCGCAGGCGCUGCUGCUGCUGCUGCUGUUCGCGCUGUCGGCGCUGGGCAACGGCGCCGUGGUGCUGGUGGUGGCGCGGCACCGGCCGCUGCGCACCGUCACCAACGCCUUCGUGCUGUCGCUGGCGCUGGCGGAGCUGCUGGGCGCCGCGCUGGGCCUGCCGCCGGCCUUCCUCAGCCUGCUGGGCGGGCGCCCGCGCGGCGCCUGGCUCUUCGGGCCGCGCCUGUGCCUGGCCAGCGCCGCCCUGCACGCCGGCCUGGGCAUCGCCGCCACGCUCACCGUGGCCCUGCUCUCCUUCGACCGCUACUGCGCCAUCGUGCGCCAGCCGCGCCGCAAGAUGGGCCGCCGCCGGGCCGCCCAGCUGCUGGCCGCCGUCUGGCUGGCGGCGCUGGGCUUCUCGGGGCCGUGGUACCUGCUGGCCCGGGGCGAGCCCGAGGCGGAGCCCGGCCCGGCCCCCGGCGGCGCCCACUGCAUGCACGUGCUGGCCUGGCGCGCGCCCGGCCUGGGGCCGCCCUACAGCGCCGCGCUGAUCGUGCUGGGCUUCCUGCUGCCCUUCGGCCUCAUGUGCUUCUGCCACUACAACAUCUGCCGCGCGGUGCGGCUCUCCGAGAGCCGGGUGCGCCCGCUCACCGCCUACGGGCACGUGCUGCGCUACCACAGCGAGCUGCGCACGGCCACCACGGUCCUCCUCAUGAUCGUCUCCAUCAUCUGCUGCUGGGGGCCCUACUGCGUGCUGGGCCUGGCCGCCGCCACGGGACGCUUCUUCGUCUCCCCCACCACGGACACCGUGGCCAGCUGGAUGGCCUGGGCCAACGGCGCCAUCAACCCCCUCAUCUAUGCCGCCCGCAACCCCAACCUCUCCAUGCUGCUCGGGCGCAGCCGGGAAGGGGGUUACAGGACGAGGAACAACGUGGCGGCCUACUUGCCUGUGGCCAAGGGUCACCGUCUGGGAGCCAAGAGCCGGGCGGAGCGCUACGCCAGCCGUGGGCACGGGAUUGGGGGCACCUCCGGCGGCACCCUGAGCUCCAGCCCCACCAGCGGCGGGGAGGUGGCCAUGUGGGCCUGUAAGAACCCGGCCGUGCUCUUCUGCCGGGAUGCCCGGCCCAGUCCGGCCUCUGAAGUUGCUACGAUGCCACCCAAAUCAGUCGCCCUUGAUACUAGCCUUUGAAACAAAAUGGCGGCAUGGGCUUCAGUGGCAAACUGUGCCAACCCAGGGCAGCGAAAUGCGCUCAGACACCGCCUCUACAACGGAAGUCCACAACCAGGCUCAG